GUCCCCCUUUCAUCGACCCAUCUAAAGAUCUAAUCAUCAUUUUCUUUUUCCAUAGUUUCUCCAUACUUCCACUACAAUUUUUAAUCUAGGGUUUUUAAAUUCCGUUAAUGGCGCUAUCACAUCCCUAAAUUGGACACAACAUCCAUCGCCAUGGAAGCUCGUAGUUAUAGUAAUGCUGCCGCAUCCGCACCAGAUGGCGGUACUGCUGCUCCACCGCCUGCACCGCCUCCGAUGUCCAGUGUCAAUGCUCCACCGCCCUUCUUGGUCAAGACUUACGAUAUGGUGGAUGAUCCUGCUACCGAUAACGUUGUUUCUUGGAGUGCUACGAAUAACAGCUUCGUCGUCUGGGAUCCGCCCGAGUUCGCUAAAGACCUUUUGCCCAAAUACUUCAAGCACAAUAACUUCUCCAGCUUUGUUCGACAGCUUAACACUUAUGGUUUUCGAAAAGUCGACCCUGAUCGAUGGGAAUUUGCAAACGAAGGAUUCUUAAGAGGCCAAAAACACCUGCUCAAAACCAUCAUCCGCCGGAAAUCCACCUCCGGCCACCACCAACCGCCGCCACAACCCCACCAACAAACCACCUCUGUUAGUGCAUGUGUUGAAGUCGGAAAAUUCGGUCUAGAAGAAGAAGUAGAAAGGCUAAAAAGAGACAAAAACGUCCUGAUGCAAGAACUUGUGAGAUUAAGACAACAACAACAAAGCACAGACAACCAAAUGCAAUCAAUGGUGCAACGCCUUCAAGGCAUGGAACAAAGACAGCAACAAAUGAUGUCAUUUUUAGCAAAAGCAGUCAACAGCCCGGGAUUCUUGGCACAUUUUGUACAACAACAAAACGAAAGCACAAAAUUAAUAACAGAAGGAAAUAAAAAAAGAAGGUAUAAAGAAGAAGACGGGGGCAUUUCAGACAAUUCAUCUGAUGGAAGGAUUGUUAAAUAUCAACCAAUGAUGAAUGAUGCUGCACAAGCAAUGCUUAAACAGAUCAUGAAACUAGACACUGCAUCUCCACGUUUAGGUCCUUUCACUUCAGGGGUAACCCUUCAAGAAGUCAACCCACCACCAGCCUCCGGUCAACCCUAUCUACCAUCAGUCACCGGUGUAUUAUCCGCACCUCUACAAGCAAAUUCCAAUGUCAUUGCAACAAAUCAGAGUCCGCUAGCGGAGGGUCAACAGCUGCCCGAACUGCCCGAACUACCCGAACUGCCCGAGCUCUCACAGUUACAAGAUAUGGUGCCCGAACUGUAUCCUGAAACACAGAACUUGGUGGAUGAGAAGCUUCAGUUAGAAAUUGGGGGGUUUUCGCCUGAUGUAGAUGUAGAAUGGGACAAUAAUUUGCUGACCGAAAUGGAGAAAUAUCUGACCGCGUAUGACCCGUCAUGGGAGCAGUACAUUGAGGGAAGCCCGGAGGUUGACACGGCUGAUGACAUGGACGCGGGCCCAGGCCCGGGGGAUGAUGUCAUGAAUGGAGUUGAUAGCAAAUCUUCAGAAAGCAGUGAGUGUUCGAGGUCUCAAGUGCAACAGCUUACUACACAAAUGGGGCUUCUUUCUUCAAAUACUAGAAAAUCUUGAAGCCAUAUAUACAAAACAUGUGAGGUAGAGUAUGGAGGAGAAGUAGCAAGGAAUGUUGAGCCAAUGAAAGUAGGGGUAUAUUUGUACAGCGACAUGAGAUAGAUCUCUUGAGGUCAGAAAUAUAAACUGAGAUCAGCUAAGUUAUAUACUUUUUAAUUAUGUAAAUAAGCCAACAAAUUAGAUAUUGAAAUGAAGCUUAAGUGCAUGACUAAUUUACCUUA